AUGAAGGCCGCAACUCCACGUCCUUCAGUGCGGGCACUCUCUAGCGGGCGAUCUUAUCGCACCGCCAGAUUCGUCAGCCGAACAAGCAACGCGAGGUCGUCACUCGCUGCCGAUACCAACAGCUUGCUGCAACAGGCUCCUCCGUCACCUAAGAAGCAGCUGGCCUCGCCGCUAGCAAAGCUGCCUCUUUCCUCCGUUCUCCGCUCCUUGCUCAUUCUCUCUGUUUCCUCCUCCUCUAUACUGCUAAAGCCAUGCAUCUACACGCUCUCAGCUCUAGCGCAUCCCAAGACGGCUCUGCUGGACGUCGCAAAGAACCCGCUAUUGAACCUGCUUGUGAAACACACCAUCUACAAACAGUUCAAUGCGGGCGAGAACAAGCUUGAGGUCCAACGCUCCAUCAAUGCGAUCAAGGAGCUAGGAUACCGCGGCGUGCUCUUGGGCUAUGCCCGUGAAGUCCUAGUGGGGGAGUCCAAGACAGACCCGCGCGAUGAGCAGGCUAGCCGGCAGGAGAUCCAGACGUGGCUGGACGGGACCCUCCAGACCGUGGACAUGGCCCAGGAGGGUGACUUUGUAGCCUUGAAAUUCACGGGCAUGGGUAUCCAAGCGCUCGAAUACCUCCAGAACCAGGCGCCGCCUUCACCGUUUAUGGACGAAGCAAUCAAACAGGUCUGCGAUCUUGCGAUCUCCCGGAACGUGCGACUACUGGUAGACGCGGAGGAACAGGCGGUCCAGCCAGGGAUCGAAGAGUGGGCGACAAUGUACCAGAAAUACUGCAACUCUCGCACCCCUGGCCGCGCCAUCUUCUACAACACCUACCAAGCAUACCUGUGCUCUACUCCGGCCACACUCGCGCGCCAUCUCGAGAUCUCUCGCAAGGAAGGAUACACGCUUGGAGUCAAGCUGGUCCGCGGAGCAUACUUGAAGACCGAACCCCGCCAUCUGAUCUGGGCCAAGAAGGAACAGACAGAUGAGUGCUACGACGGGAUUGUAGAAGCCCUUCUUACCCGGCGAUACAACCACAUGCUAAAGCCCGCUUCGGCUGAACACACCACCGAGCUUCCCCCCGUCAGUGUGAUCGUCGCCACGCACAACCGGGACUCUGUCCGUAAGGCCCACGCUCUGCGUCUCGAACAGGCAAGCCGGGGAGAGAAAUCAGAUGUCGAGCUUAGCUACGCUCAGCUCCAGGGAAUGGCAGAUGAGAUCAGCUGCGAGCUCUUGCAGGGCUUCCAAACUGCAGGCCCCGAGAAUACUAAAGUUGCUGAAUCACCAAACGUGUACAAACUGCUCACUUGGGGCUCAGUCAAAGAGUGCAUGGGUUUCUUGCUUCGGCGGGCAGUCGAGAACACAGAGGCCGUUGGACGCACGAAGCAGUCCCAGGAGGCUAUGUUUUCUGAGCUCAGGCGAAGAGCUCGUCGCGCUUUUGGUCUGCGUUACUGACAUGUUUGGUUGGCUUUCUUUUGUUCUGGUAGAUUAUAAUAUCCGUUUGAGCGUCUUUCAGUGAUUGUCUGGUUUUUGAGCGGAAUGCAUAUAGAAGAUAGCGUCAGUCAAUGUCCAAUUAAUGAUAAUGAUGCAAG